UCACUGGUUCUAUGCAUACGUGGAUAAGGAGGAAGAGUCUGAGGAUCUCUGAAGUGUGGUCUGGGUUUGUUGUCUACCUCUGGAGACUAGGGCAGAUCCACAUCUAUAAGGUGAUGACGUUCACUGUCAUUGUGGUUGCUGUUAGUGAGGUUUCCGCCCUGACUGCAGUCUAUGUAUUCCUGAUAGCACUGUUGAUGCCGAUUCCACACACGAGCAGACUUCUAGGACAGCUGCUGCUGUUGUGGACUGCGGUGAUUAUUCUCGUCAAGAUGGUGUUUGAGUUAAACAUCACUGAUCCUUAUUUCUGGUCGACUACCUGUUACUGGGGAAACGAGAGUGUGAAACUCAACCUAAAGGAAAAUUCAGCUUGGCUUGGCUUUAAGACAUAUAAACCUGAGGUCAUGUCCGUCCACCGUUAUUUGGGGCUGUACAUGCUGGUCGUGGCCCUGAUUGUAUUUGACAGCAUCAUCCGCUACCAUCAAAAGCAGUAUUAUGCUAAGCCUGGAGUCCGCAGGCCUAAGAAGGGGAUCCUCUUUCCUAAAAUCAGACGUUUUGAUGCAGAUAAAAAUGUGGUCUCUUGUAUCAAGUACUUCGCAAAUUAUUUUUUCUACAAGUUUGGCCUUGAAUGCUGCUACAUCAUGACAGCCAUUGUGGUCAUGUUUCGAGUGGACUUUAUCGCUGUGAUCUACAUCUUCAUCGUUGCGGUGCUGCUGAUGCUGUCUCGCCGCACAGUUGCCAAACUGUGGGUCCUCUACAAGCUCACCCUGUCACUGAUUUUGGCUGUGGAGUUCUUGCUGGUCUUAGGUUUUCCCAAAGGCUCCUGCAUCCGCUACCCCUGGUCAGAGGACACAGGUAUCUCCAAAAAUCUUAGACACUGGCUGUAUUUGCCUGCGUACUACGAUCGUCCGAAGUCCAAUAAACUUAUAGUGGAUUAUGCUCAGCUGCUCUUUGUCAGCCUGCAAGCAUUUGUGUUCAACAUCGAGUCCAAGUACGAAUCCAUGGAGGAUUAUGGUGGGGGAGACAAUGCUGACAUACUAGAAGAUGUGGAGAUGAACCUGCCCAUUCCUUACAAGGAUUUUACUCUGGAGCAGAAAAGUGCCAUCGAGACUAUCAAGUUCAACGUGUUUGAGAACAUGUACUGGGUGACCAUGGCCAUUAUCUUCAUCACCGGAGCCACUCGGAUAAAUGUCUUCUCCUUCUUCUACGUCAUGGCUGUCUUCAUCUUCAUGUGGUUCGGCAAGCAGGUUUAUGUCAAACCUCUGAGGAAGCUGCUUAGAAUGUGGAACUUUUUAAUUGCCUACUGUAUCCUGGUUCUGUUUUUGAAGACUUUGCUGCAGUUGGUUGGCUGUGUGUAUGUUAACACCCUGGUCAACAAGCACCAGUGCUGGAUUGUGCAGCUGUUUGGUGUGCAGUGCCUGCUUAGUGAUAAUGUUAUAGGUAACUCCAAGUGUGUUGUGGAACAUGAUGAUGCUGGACUAGCCUGGGACGUUGUCUGUCUGACUUUUCUGUUGAUGCAGCGCCGCAUCUACUCCUCCCACUACUUCAGACACACAUCGGAGACCAUCCAAGCUCAGAAUAACCUGGUAGCAAAAGGUGCUGAGAUCAUCAACCGUAUCCUGAUCCGACAAGUGCACAAGCGUAACGAAGAGGAGCGACAGCUGUUGAUGAAGAUCAAGCAACAGAUGAGGGACCUGAAGACCAAGCAAGCCAAGCUGAAGAAAGAUUAUCACGAACCGGAAGAGCACUUUCAAGCGAUCCGUGCAGGCGACUACUAUCUCCUGGAGUAUGACCAGAAUGAACCUCAGAAGUCAGCGGUUCCGCCUCAGGCUGAGAGCAAAGUCGACA